AUGUGUCUGAUGCACAGCAGUGCCAUGAUUUUUGUGAGUUUCAUAACUCUACCUUCUGAGAGAAAGAAUAAGAUUCUAUUUAAUCUCAUCUGUCCCUCUAGAGACAGGGGACAAGUCGGCACAAUAGCCACAGAGGCCCACUUGCCAGGCCCCAUAUACCUUAAUGAGAAUGUAGAAGGUCAACUGAUAGCCAACCAGGAGGCUCUGAGAAUCCUGUCUGACUUCACGCAGCCUGUGGUAGUGGUGGCCAUCAUGGGCCUCUACCACAUAGGCAAAUCCUACUUGAUGAACAAGCUGGCCGGGAAGAAAACAGGCUUCUCUCUAAGUUCGACAGUUCAGGCUCACACCAAGGGCAUCUGGAUAUGGUGUGUCUCUCAUCCCCAGAAACCAAACCACACCUUAGUUCUGCUUGACACUGAGGGCCUGGGAGAUGUUGAAAAAGGUGACAACCAGAAUGACUGCUGGAUCUUUGCCCUGGCUAUACUUCUAAGCAGCACUUUUGUGUACAACAGCAUGGGACCCAUCAACCAACAGGCAAUGGACCAGCUACACUAUGUGACAGAGCUGACAGACAAAAUCAGAUCAAGGUCCUCACCUGACCAGGAUGAGGUGGAGGACUCAGAUGAGUUUGUGAGAUUCUUCCCGGACUUUGUGUGGGCUCUGAGGGACUUUUCUCUUGAGCUGAAAGAAAAUGGGAAACCUAUCUCUGCAGAUGAAUACCUAGAGAAUUCCCUGAAGCUUACACAAGGUGCUGGUCAAGGAGACAAAGUAAAAGUGUUAAAUCUGCCUCAGCUUUGUAUCCAUAAGUUCUUCCCAAAGAAGAAAUGCUUUGUCUUUGAGCAGCCAGUGCAUGGGAAGAAGGUUGGCCAGCUGGAAUCCUUGCAGGAUCAAGACCUGGACUCCAACUUCGUGGAACAAGUGGUAGAGUUCUGUUCCUAUGUAUUCAGCUGUUCCAAAGUUAAAACGCUUUCAGGAGACAUCAAGGUCAAUGGACCACGACUAAAGACUUUGGUGGUAACCUAUGUGAACACCAUCAGCUGUGGGAGUCUGCCCUGCAUAGAGAAUGCUGUCCAGGCAUUGGCCCAGACAGAGAAUUCAGCUGCAGCAAAGGCCAUUGCCCACUAUGACCAGCAGAUGAGCCAAAAGUUGCAGCUGCCCACAGAGACCCUCCAGGAACUGUUGAACCUGCACAGGGCCAGUGAGAAAGAAGCCAUCAAGGUCUUCAUGGAAGACUCCUUCAAAGACAUUAAUCAAGUAUUCAUGAUACAAUUAGAGACCUGGCUAGAUGUAAAGCAAGAGGAAUUCCUUAAGAAGAAUGAAAAGGCAUCCUCAGAUCACUGCUCAGCCUUCCUAAAAGGCCUGGAACUUAAACUACUACAGAAAGAGACAAGAACACUUGAAGAACUAAUGAAUUAUUUGAAGGAAAGUCUUGAGGAAAAGAGGAAAGACCAAAAUAGCAUUGCCAUUCUAACAUUCGAAGCAGAGCUGAAUAGUGGUGACAACCAGAAUGACUUCUGUAUUUUUGCCCUAGCUAUUCUUCUAAGUAGCACCUUUGUGUACAACAGCAUGGAGGCCAUCAACCAGCAGGCCAUGGACCAUUUACAGUGUCUCUUUUGA